AUCCCUCUAAUAAUAAUUGCGAAGUAACUCAUAUUGAUGGGCUUCAGGCAUUUCAAGUGAUUUACGAAUUCGCACGAGAUUUUGUUUUUAUUUCAAGAGAUAUUGGUGUGCGAUUUAAUUCGGCUCUUGAUCUUGUCGAUGUUGAAAACUCUUUUUCCUAUCGAAUUGAUUUACCACCAACUUCAAACAUUACAUAUAGGCUCAAUUGUAGUAAUAGCGUAAGGGAAGUUAAUAGAAUUUGGAUAGCCAUGAAUGUUACUGAAGAAUAUAAGGGUGAUCAUUAUACUUGGCAACCUACAGAUGUAACUUUAAUUAGCGUUGUCCAAGAUUUUAUUAGCUUUUACAAAAAAGAUGAUUUUGGUGUUAUUAAAAUAUUUACUGAACAAGUCACUUUUAAUGACACUGUGGCCAUAAAUACAAUUAAAGGAUUUGAAGAUCUUGUUAAUACUGGCGUUAAGAAAUAUGAAAAUAAUAAGAUUGAUGAUUUUAUUGGCAAUAAUUCUUACACACGUGGGAAUGUUACGAGCUAUUAUUCGAAUAAAUUUGUUCCAAAUAUUUUAAGUUUACUUUCUAGUUUUAUAGCACAAUAUUUAAGAACCCCAAUUCCCUGGACAUCUAAUGACCUUAUUAUUUUAACAAAUGGUAUAUGUGGAUCUGCAUGCGCACUCAUUGCGAAACAUGCUGUAGAAAAUAAUAAUGUAACUUCUGUAGCGGUUGGCGGGUUUGUGAACACAUCAUUAUCAUAUUCUUCUUUCCCUGGUGGGUUUUUUAGCGAUUCGUCGGCCAUAUUUAAGAUAAGUUCAUUGAACAAUACUUUGAUACCUAAUCCCUUUCCUUUAGCUGCAUUCAUUACAUUUCCUUAUACUGAAGUUUACAGUAAAACACAACCCGAUCAAUUAUUAGAAUUUUUAUUUACCCCAGCUAAGUUCAGAUUAUAUUAUAAUGAUCAAAGUAUUUAUGAUCCAUCUAUAUUAUGGUCUGACGCAGCUGCUCUUAUCGGAAAAUAA